AUGCCAAUCGGACUUGGAAUAUACGGCGGUCACCUUCCCAAUGGCCGGUGUGAGGCAGACAAAAGUGGAAAGUCGAAGAAGCAAACCGAGCAAGAAAAGCUAGUCAACGCGGUCGUUGAAAAGAUGAAGGGCAAACUCGAAGAAGAAGCUAAGAAAUUGGCAGCCAAGUCCCCUGCAAGGUCAAACAGCAUCAACAUGAAGCCCCUUCCUUCAACACCUGCGCAUUUGUUUUCUCUCAUGGAUGAGUUCAGAGCCACGCAGAUGCAUCCGAUAAGGCGAGCUGCCUCCUUUUCGUAUGCGGAACAACCACCGUUAUAUGGACAGCCAUACGCCGGAUCAUCUAGUCGUUUUCGGUAUGAUGAACAACCUGAGUACUCCCACGCACCUUACCCCUGGUCGCCAAGCGCAUCUCAGUAUUCAGCGGCGUCACCACACGUGCCACCACCCCCAUACACCCAUACAUCCGCUUUCAACAACUCAUCAUACCAACCUAGGAUGCCUGGUUCAACCCCAUAUCAAUCCUUCCCAAAUAGACCUCCUUCGCCUCGCCACUCUUACUAUGCGCCUACGUCUACCGCUCGCUAUCCGUCAGAUUUGAAGCAUGAGGCUUCUUUCUACACCCAGUCAUACUCCAGGCGUCAUGGGGCGUCGGCCCCUCAGAUUGUCAUAUCCUCAAGGCCCUAUUUGCAUUCAAGAUACCCUUCGGGUCACGAGUACCUCCGAACUGACGUCGGAUUCUACCCAUACAAUCCAGACCCAAACGUCAAUGGACUCGCAUGGCUGUCAAAAAAGGGGUUCGAGACUCAACAGGAUAUCACUGUCAAUUUUGAAGACUACGACGGGUUCAUUCGCAGCCAUUGCCCUGACGCUCGACUAUUAGUCCCGUAUCAAGAUCUCCCGUGA